AUGGACGACGCUUCUUCGCUAAAGGUUAAGACAAAACCUCCCCCCAAAUCUAAGAAAGCAGCCCCCGCGCCAAAAGCCCCGCAGUUAAAGGGCCCCAAACCACCGGCGCCAGUUGUGAAGGAAGAAGUUGAAGAGGCUGCCUCCGAGCCGGCGUCUGAAGUUGAAGAGGAUAUCGACGAAGACGUCGAAGACGAAGAAGAAAAGCCUGAGGUAGCCGCCAAAGUCCGCAAGACGGUCCAGGCCGCCCUAACUUCCAAGACCAAGGACCCCUAUCCGGACUGGAAGCCCGGCGAGCCUGUUCCUUACGCUGCCCUCUGCAAGACCUUCUCUCUCGUCGAGCUCACGACCAAGAGGCUCAUAAUUAUGGAGCACUGCUCUCUGUUUUUGCGCCAGGUCCUGAGGCUUACCCCUGGCGAUCUCCUAUCCACGGUGCUGCUAAUGAUAAAUAAGCUCGCCCCCGACUAUGCUGGCAUCGAGCUUGGUAUUGGCGAGUCUCUUAUCAUGAAAGCGAUAGGGGAGACCACGGGCCGCAGUUUAGCCGUCAUCAAGCAAGAUCAGAAGGAAAUUGGAGACCUUGGUCUUGUCGCGGUGAAGUCGCGUUCCACUCAGCCGACCAUGUUCAAGCCCAAGGCCUUGACCAUACAGGGUGUUCAUAAGGGGCUUAUGAAUAUCGCUACUGUCACGGGUAACGGCGCCCAGGGCAGGAAGGUGGAUGGUAUCAAGAAGCUGCUCUCGGCAGCGGAUGCCAACUCAUCUGGCAAGGUAGACAUUACUAAAGACAAGGGCGGCCCCAGCGAGGCCAAGUAUCUUGUCCGCUUUCUGGAGGGCAAGUUAAGGCUCGGUCUUGCCGAAAGGACAGUUCUUGUCUCGCUAGCCCAUGCUAUCGUAGCCCACGAGGCCGCCGAGAAGGACCAGGUUCCCAGCACCGCUGAUAUCGAGAAGGCUGAGGCCAUUCUCAAGACUGUCUACAGCGAGCUUCCAAGCUACGAUUUCAUCAUCCCGGCAAUGGUUGAGCACGGCAUCAUGAACUUGCGCGAGCACUGCAAGCUCCGGCCUGGGGUGCCUCUCAAGCCCAUGUUGGCCAAGCCUACCAAGGCCAUCACCGAAGUCCUCGAUCGCUUCGAAGGGCAGACGUUCACAUGCGAGUACAAGUACGAUGGCGAGAGAGCCCAGAUCCAUUACGUCGCCAAGGAUGCCGACGAGGAGCUUAGCCAGUCGUUGCCAAGCGCUAGCACAGAGGUUGGUCGUGGCGUUGCUUCCAUCUUCUCGAGGAACUCGGAAGAUCUGUCUAGGAAGUAUCCCGACGUUCUUGCGAAACUUGCCACAUGGGUCAAGGAGGAUACCCGGAGCUUCGUCCUGGACUGCGAGUCGGUGGCAUGGGAUGUCGUUGAGAAGAAGGUCUUGCCCUUCCAGCAGCUCAUGACAAGAAAGAAGAAGGACGUCAAGAUCGAGGACGUGUUAAUCAAGGUGUGCGUGUUUGCGUUUGACUUGCUCUACCUGAACGGCGAGUCUAUCGUGGAGAAGUCGCUCCGAGAACGUCGUGAGCUUCUCCGCCAGUCGUUUCAGCAGGUCGAGGGCGAGUUUUCGUAUGCGACAAGCAUGGACGGCCAGGAGCUAGACGAGAUCCAGACAUUCCUUGAUGAGUCGGUCAAGGCGUCGUGCGAGGGCCUGAUGGUCAAGAUGCUGGACGGCACCGAGAGCGGAUACGAGCCUAGCAAACGCAGUCGGAAUUGGCUAAAGAUCAAAAAGGACUACCUAUCUGGGAUAGGAGACUCGCUGGAUUUGGUCGUCUUGGGGGCUUAUUACGGCAAGGGCAAGCGUACUUCGGUUUACGGGGCGUUCCUGCUGGCCUGCUACAGUCCGUCAACGGACACGUACGAGACAGUGUGCAACAUCGGCACGGGCUUCAGUGAGGCCGUGCUUGAGGAGUUGCACAAGGCUCUGUCGGAGACGGUCAUCGACCGGCCCAAGCCCUUUUACUCUCAUAGCUCUGGCGGCCAGCACCAGCCGGACGUCUGGUUUGAACCGCGGUUCGUCUGGGAGGUCAAGACGGCCGACUUGACGCUGAGCCCUCGUUACAAGGCGGGCAUAAAGGAGGGUGUCGACCCCGCCAGCGAAAAGGGCAUCAGUCUUCGCUUCCCCCGCUUCAUCAAGGUCCGCGACGACAAGAAACCCGACGAGGCGACUACCAGCCGCCAGGUGGCUGAGAUGUACCGCAAGCAGGAGAGCGUUACCAAGAGCAAGGGUCCUGCCGUGGAUGAUGAUUUCGAGUACUGA